GAGUGCGAAGUUGCAAAGGCAUGAAGGAGGGACAGAUAAGUAGUUUUAUGCGGGUGAGAUUGUGCUGCACAGUGUUUGCAGCGCGAACCGUAGUUCGCUACGUUUGUUGAAAAAAAAAAGUGGUGAUUUAAUCGCGCAAAUCGGUAAGCGGUACCGGCUUUGUGAGGACCAUGGACCACACGAUGCAGCCAACACAUGCGAAGGGGGAUUCGUGUGGAUUAUAUGAGCCGACAAGCAGUGGAACGGAAACAGGUAAGCCUGGGGGCAUCAUGGGACGCCCACGGGGUUCCCAGGUUGGUAUGGUGUAAUUGCGCCAACCGCGAUACGCGGGCAGUGAGAUGUUCCAAGCCCCAUGCCCAGCGCGGCCAGUCCAAAACGCAUCUCCAACACUUUGACCUAACACCCAACCACAAAGCUGCAGAUCGAGUACAAAUUGCACAACCAGCGGCCAGAGAUUGCAUCACAAUAGUGCGCUUACCUUGGCGCAUCCCGCUACGCAACGUCGCUGCGCGGCGCCCAGAAACGCGGAGGCUUGUCGCGAAAAAGCGGCGGGCUACGACGACUUAUGUAGAGGACCGCGCACUGAAUGUGAGGCGCAAGAGAGGGAUCUUCAUAUCCAAGACUCUUGGCUGUGAUCUACAGGUGAGGAUGCGUGUAACGAGGAGCCAAAUCGGGGCUUGGAGCUUGCGUGUGGGAGAGAGAUCUGCGGAGGCUGGCGCACGAAAGGUUAGAACGGUGCGCCAUCCCGCGUUCAUCACAGAGCCUCCACGACACAGUUCGGCCUGCGGCCUCGUCCAUCACCCUUUACCCCACGGAGUCUUUGGUUCUAACUGGUAUGGGAUGAUGGCUUAAACCUUACUAUCCCAAUUCAACGUGUCGCUUACCCAAACAAUCAACUUCUAAUCUCCCAGUCCUGCAGCGUCCAAAAGUAACCUCUCCCAAGAUUGCAUGGCACGUCGUGAUCGGCUGCUGGUUGUCACACGCGGUUCCCCAAGCCUGACGUUGGUGCUUCUUGGUGACAAGGAGUGGUGUGAUGGCAAGUGUUGACCCCUAUCAUAUGCUUCCUUGCGCUGUUGUAACUGGAGAACUAUAGGGGCAAGCGCACUGC